AACCGAUCCUCACAAUAGUGUCAGCCAUCGUCCUGGUCAAUCGCGACGGUUCUUUGCUCCGAGGCGGGUUUCCAAUAUAGAAGAAGGAAGAAAAGUUAGUUUAGGUGACAGUGAUUCAGGGAUAGUGCUUUGGUGUGUUUAACUGCUGUACUGGGGAGAAAAUUUUUCCUGUGUCCUGACUCCUGCUUCUGUUGCUGCCGUUUGACGUCCGACCUGCUGUAAAGCUUGCGUAGCGUUGUGAAAUCUUCGGAGCACAUAAAAAGAUGAACAUACUGGUAAUAUCGUUCCUGGCGCUGGCGUCGCUAACGACCUUCCCCACGCAGACGCUUGGAACGCCAGCCGCGGCGGCAGCGGCAGCGUCCACCAGCGACGUGUCCGAGUCGAAAAAGUCCCUCCCCGAUGCCGGCGCGCCCGUCAACGACCUGAGCGAGUUCUGGCAGGAAGACGACCGCGAGGUGCUAAUCCGGAACGAACGGGGCACCAAAAAUGGCGGAGUCGCUGGUAAGAAAGACCGCAAAAAAGACAAACACUUCAACUCCUCACCAACAUCAUCAUCUUCAUCAUCAUCAUCACCUUCCUCCUCGGGGCCUUACCACAACAACAAACAAAACAAACAACAAAACCCAAAAUCAAAACCCGAGUCCAACCGACAGGCGCAGAACUCACAGUGCCGGUACACCAAGGGACCCUGGACAGAGUGUGACGCCAAGUCCAACACCCGCUCCCGGACGCUUUCGCUGAAGAAGGGUGAACAGUCCUGCGUCCAGACCCGCACCAUCCAGAAGAAGUGCAAAAAAGCCUGCCGCUACGACAAGGGCGCCUGGUCCGAGUGCAACCCCAGCGGCCAGAUGACCCGUACCGAUAGUCUGAAAUCGAGCAGUGACGCCACCUGCCAAUCGACGCGAGUGGUCAACAAAAACUGCAAUCAGGGCAAAUCGAAAGACAAACAGAACAAAUCGCCCAAGGCCGAAAAGAAGGAGAAAGCGCGUAAAUGGAAGCGAAAAUUUGUGAAGCUGUACAAUAAGCACAAAACUUCGAUAGAAAAACCACGAUAGGAUGACACAAAACGGUUGUAGGUGUCCGCAAGAACCGUCAGUAAAUGGCGUUAGCGAUAAUUUUGCUUAAGUCAUCAUCACCAUCAUACAAGAUAAACUCACAUGAUCAUCGUUCAACAUCCACACUGAGAGAAAGAUAAAAAAGCAAAUGAUAAAAAAAACAGCGCUAAUCAACUAUAGUGAGCCAACGCAAGAAGCUGUGGUGAUUGAGAGAGUUUCAACCGACAAUUGCCAAAACACUGAUCGUCUCCGAAGGUAGCAGCAGAUCUACAACAGCACAAAGCUUCGAAAUGCUAUCAGAAGAAACUUACUUAUCAUACGAUAGCCGAUAAAUAUUAAAGUUUAGCAGGAUCAAAUUUUAACUGUGAAAUCUAUACACGUUACACGUAAACAGCGAAUACACAUGGACACAAAAACAUAUACAGACAGACUAACACUAAUCCAUACACACACGCACAUACAUCCAAGUUGAAGAAAAAUACAUGUAGUGAGUACACGCUAAACACGAAUUCAUACAAACCGUAAAAUGCCAACAAAAGAGGAAAACACAUUCAUAUAUUCGUUUUGAUUGACAUUUGUAAAGUAAGUAAACUUAAACCAGUUGAUUAAGUUGAGCCACAAAUGUAAUGGACACGAGGAAGAUGGAAGUCGAAAAUAAACUUACGUGUUAAAUAAAAUUAAUUAUAGAUAUUAAAUGAAGAGCAUUAGUAUCAAGAAAACCAGAACAAACUUUCUAAAGCAGUUACAAAGCGAACAGAAGAUGUCUGAAUAUACGCGUUGCCGAAAGAUGUAGCAAACAAACAAAUAUGGAAAGAAACUGGCAAAAAAUCAACGAAAAGGCUACUAAAUUCCAGUGAUGAUAACGAAGAGCCGAACGAUGAAAGCUCUCUUCCCUAUUCUAUAAGCCAAACCUGUUUGCCAAUUUGUUCCAGAAGCAGCAAAAUAAAUGACUCGUCAAAACCGUAACCACUUAAUGAAUUGAUUCCAUUACCUAAUUGUAGAGUAGAUUGAAAGAAGAACACUGCAAUUUGUACUAGAGCCAAGUUAUAGAUAAAUUGUCCAAUUUUAUCACCAAAAGUAAUGUGUAUGUCCCUGCUGUCCAGUGUAACAAAACAUCCAGCAAAGAAUUUACUGCAUUAUUACAGAUUGGCACCAUUUCCAUAGAACCGUUUUCGCAAAUUGGUAGAAAUUUCGUUACGAUUUCGCUUCCUUAGAUUCUAAAAAGGAAAUCCGCACUCACCGUUUAGUAGUUUGAUGAUUCUUAUCCACCUGGUACCAGUUUGCAGCUCUCACUCUAUUGUAUGUUUGAUGUUCAACGUUGAUGAAUUACUUUCGAAAUGAAUCAAAAUCGAAAAACCGAAGAUGACACAACAAGCAGACUGGCAACACUGACGAAUUUGAGAAACAACUCUAACGCUCGCUCGAGCAAAGCUAAUUAGAACAGAAAAAGCGUAAAAGGAAAGUAAUCAAUCUUUUUGGUGUGUAAUCUUCAUGAAAAUGCAUGAAAAAUAUGAAGCCAAAAUAACAAAAUAUACCGAAUUACAUGUUUCAGAGAAAGAAAAAAUUCAAACAGAAACAAAACCACUAGAUAAAUAUUUAUAAAAAAUAUUAGGAGCAAACAAGUGCAGAAAAAUGGAAGCAGAGGAUGAAACAUAUACACAUACUCCUAGUGACGACUAUUACUGUAAAAAAAUGUCUCAUAUUACGCAAUAGGAGAAUUAAUCCAAUUGUAAAGCAUCUCAACAAAACAAAAUCCAACCGUGUAAAAGAAAUCCCGAAGUCUAAAAUUUGCGUCGUCAGUAAGCUCUCUAUAUUCUGUAUGUGAACAUUCGGUUCGGUUUCAAGCUGCACAGAUUCAUUCGUUCAAAUUCGUUUCCUUUACAAUUGCUGAUAAUAUACAUAAACAAAAAAACCUACAAAAAACACUGGUUCUGGUUUUCAACUGUACC